AUGGAUGCUGGCUUCCUGGAUCAUCAUAGCGGGCAUGAGCAGCUUCAGCUUCGGAACUUCAUCGAGGAGCAGUUCCAAGCGCAGGCGGACCUCCUCAAGGAGAUCAGCCUUCAGCUGACCACAGCGAUUAGCACCGCGGCGGCGGUGCCUAUACCCAGCAGGCUGGAGGAAUUUGACGCCAUUCCGCGGCCACCACCGUGUUCGGUUCACCCCAAGCCUAUCCACGAGCAAGCCGUCCCAAAUGAAGGGGGCGAGUUUGUCGAGGGACAGCUCGCAGCGGUGCUAAGUCCUCCCCUGUCACGAGCAGCCUCGGGAGUGCCGGAGAGUUUGACUGCUUCACACUUGUCACAGGAGCCGACUUUGUCGAAAACCGCACUCAAUUACCGACAUCCUCUUGAUCAUCCGGAUGACCAUGCAGAGCGCAUUGGCGUGAACCUGAAAGAGGAGGGCGAGGACGAGAAUCAGGAAGAGUUGAUCACGGUCCUCAAGGAUCAGCAGAAGAGAGUCCUCAGGACGCUGAGAUCUGCUAGCGUUCUGUCGGACCUCUAUGGGCACAGCGGAAAGGGCGGCAACACGAUUCAACAGAUCGCGCACAAAGUCGUUUCUUCGGUGCAGUUCGGCUAUGGUAUCAUGUUGCUCAUCGUGGUCAACAUGGUGAUCAUGGGCAUCGAGGUGGAUACAGUGGCCUCAUUACGCCUCAACGAGGAGCCUGAGUGGUUCAGCAUCGUCAACAACGUCAUCGUCGGAAUUUUCACUUGCGAACUGGUGCUCAAGUUCGCGGCAUUUGGCUGUGCAGGGUUCUUCUGCGGUCGCGAGAAGUGGUGGAACAUUUUUGACCUGGCUAUCGUCGGAGCAUCGAUCAUCGAGACGCUGACGGAUCUGAUAAGCAAGGGACUGGCUUCGCAAGGCGGUGAGGCCAUGAACUCCAGUCACUUACGAAUCAUGCGCUUCACGCGCGUUGCGCGGGCUCUUCGUGGAGUGCGGGUGUUUCGCCUCCUGCGCUUUAUCAGUGCCCUGCGAGCGAUCAUCUUCUCCAUCAGCAGCACAAUGUGGUCCCUGGUUUGGACCCUUGUGCUCCUCGUGAUCCUUUUCUACUGCUUCGGCGUGAUCUUGGCACAGUUGGUCUCGGACUUUUGCCGCUACCAGCGCUACGAGGACGAGACCCUUUGGGCUAACGGCAUCUGCGUGCAGAAAGACCUGCAACGCUGGUCCGGGGUGCCGGAAAGUAUGAUGACGCUCUUCAUGUCCAUCUCGGGAGGUUUGUCUUGGGAAGAUGCACUGAUACCACUUCGAGAAGUCUCGGCGUUGGCAGCGGCCUGCAUGAUCGUGUUCAUCGUAAUCACUGUGUUCGCAGUGAUGAACGUUGUCACAGGCGUGUUCUGUAACACGGCCAUUGAGAAUGCCAAGGCCGACAAGGACAUCGCCAUUAUGAAGCAGAUGCACAAGCACGCAGCGCAGGUGGAGGUGUUACGGGCCGUCUUCACGGAGAUCGACACCCGCAAGUCGAAGCAAGUGAGUAUGCCCGAGCUGAAGGAAGCGAUGUCUGAGAAGAAGCUCGCAAGCUUCAUGGAGUCCAUGGACAUUUCAACAAAG